AGGACGAUAAAAGCGGCCGGACCGGAAGUGCUGUGAUGGUUGGGAGGGGGAAAACCGUGUGGGGACCCCGGAUAGGAUGGAGGGGUUUUGAGGAGCCUAGUUGCCCCAGCCCCUCUCUUCCUCCCUCCUUCGCCUUGGCUGGCAGUAGCAGAACCCUGGCCCUGCCAUGAAGGUGAAAUUGAAAAAUGUGUUUGUCAUCUAUUUCCUUGUGUCCGUGAUUGGCCUGAUGUAUGCACUGCUGCAGCUGGGACAGUCCUGUGACUGUACCCAGCACCUGAAGUCAGCCAGCGACCUCAUCCAUGCCAAAGAGAAGAAGGUGACCCAGCUGCAGAGUGAGCUGAAGCGGCUGCAAGGGCGGCAGAAGGCCCUGGAGCCAGCAGAGCCACUGCUGCCCAUCAUUUAUGCCAUCACGCCCACCUACGCCAGGCUGGUCCAGAAGGCGGAGCUGGUGCGCCUGUCGCAGACCCUCAUGCACGUGAAGAACCUGCACUGGAUCGUGGUGGAGGACUCGCUGGCGAAGACGCCGCUGGUCUCGGAGCUGCUGGCCCAGAGCAGCCUGCGCUUCACGCACCUCCACGCCGAGACGCCCAAGGAGCACAAGCGCAAGGAGAGUGACCCCAACUGGCUGAAGCCGCGGGGGGUGGAGCAGCGCAACUUGGCCCUGCAGUGGCUGCGGGAGAAGCACCAGCUCGGCCAGAAGGGGGCUGUCUACUUUGCUGACGACGACAAUACCUACAGCCUGCGCCUCUUUGACGAAAUCCGCUCCACCAAGCGCGUCUCGGUGUGGCCCGUCGGCCUGGUGGGCGGCCUCCGCUUCGAGCGCCCCCUGGUGGAGAAUGGUAAAGUGGUGGGCUUCUACACGGCCUGGAAGCCCAACCGGCCUUUCCCCAUGGACAUGGCCGGCUUUGCCGUGGCCCUCGAGCUACUCCUGGCCAACCGGGAGGCUCGCUUCGACCAGGUGGCCGAGCGCGGCUACCUGGAGAGCAGCCUGCUGCAGUCGCUGGUGUCCAUCGAGGAGCUGGAGCCCAAAGCCGACAACUGCACCAAGGUGCUGGUCUGGCACACCCGGACCGAGAAGCCGAAGAUGAAACAAGAGGAGCUCUUGCAAAAGCAGGGCCUCCUGGGCUCUGACCCCGGCAUUGAGGUCUGAGUGGACCCCGCUUGGCCACUGGGACGAUGACAGUGCCUCUGUGGGGCGUGGGGAGAGCUGGAAGGACCCGGCCAAACUGGAUCGGCCACGAAUGCUGGAGCUUUUGACUGCCUCCUCCCUCCCCAUCCACAGACAAAGCGCCCUGGAACUUUUUUAUUUAUGACGUAUGAGCCCCCAGGAGCCCCCAAUGAAGAGGACACAGUCUUAUCUCCAGUGAGAAGAAACUUGAUUCAUAAUUGCUGCUACCUACCCAUCCUUGCUGGAGAAAUGCCUUCUGUUUCAGCGCCCUCCCUCUUUUCAAACAUUUCUUCCUUGAGUGCUGCAGCCUCCUACCAGGGAAAGAGGCCCCACCCGCAUUUGCCCCCCAUCUCUUUCUCUGGUCCUCUGUGCUUUGUUUCCAAACGGAUGUCCUCCUUGCCAGCAAGGCUUGGCCUAUACUCUUGACUGCUGUCUCCUGCAACAAAGUGCUUGAAUGAUGAAGGGUGUUGGGGUGCUUAAUGAAAUCCACAAAUCCCACUCCCUGAGUCCCCUCCCCGUUUUUCACCAUGUUCCCCCCCCCAACAUUCCAAAGAGUCACCAAGGGGACCAUCCUGAUGCUACUGUAAUAGCUUGCCGUUCCAGACCCGCGUACCCCUCCGUGGGUGGACAAAAGGUACGUGAGAUUACAGGGGGUCUUCAGCGACAUUCUCUUUGGAAUAGGCCCACUGGACUGAAUGGGCUCAGUUAGUCGUGUUGAUCAGUUUCAAAUGGACUAACGUUGGCUACAACCUCAGGCCUGUAGUCACAGUAGCCCAAACUGCAGAUCUGGGGAAACAAAGUUGACAGGAAGCAAUAAGAAGGAGUCCUGUCUCCUUUUCCUCAUCUGUACCCCUUCCCUCAAUCAUACGGUUCUUUUUCUUUAUAUCUGAGACGGGGAACCUGUGACCCUCCCAGAUGUUGCUGAACUGUAACUCCCGUCAUCUCUGAUCGUUGGCCAUGCUUGCUGGGGCUGAUGGGAGUCGUAAUCCAGCAACAUCCAGAAGGGCCAAAGGUUCCUCACACCCAGUAUUUGGGAUGGGAACUGGAUGCCAGCUCCCAUCAACUCAGACGGUUGGCCGUGCUGGAUGGGGCUGAUGGGCAUUAGGAGCCCAGCCGGAGGGCUGCCAGUUUCCCCCUCCCCUGCUUUAUGUGAAGGAAAGCGGCCCUUGACUAGUCGAGGGCCUGAUCCCGGGGAGGGGCUGGUACCCCUCUCCCCAUGUGAGCUCCUGAGUGUGUUUUUUUGUGAUGUCUGUGCCCCAGUUGCAUGUAUCGGCGGCUGUUCCAGCAACUUGCAUGUUAACUGCUCAAUAAACGCGUUAGG